AUGACCAGUCAUCCCGUCACAAUCCAGCUGUCUAGAGCCGAAAUAGACGGCUCGAAACUAUCCGCGAGGAACUUGGAGAUCGCGAUUCGCAGUCUUCACCACGAUGGCCUGGUAGUUAUCCAGGACGUGGUGCCGCAUGAGCCACUAGACCAUUUAAAUAGAAAGAUGGUUGCUGAUGGGUUCGCUCUUCAAGCCCGGAAGAACGACGGCCCCUAUAAUUACAACAGAGGUAAUAUUCAGCAGGACCCUCCUCCAGUAAAGGAAUAUUUCGACAAGCGUAUCUUCCUGAAUCCCAUCGUCAGCCAGGUGACAUCAACUAUGCUCGGCCCCAAGCCCCAGUGGACUUUCUGCUCUGGAAACGCAGCCAUGCCCCCAACACCCGAGACGCCGCCGACUUCCCAGCCUGUACACUCUGACGCCGAUUUUGAUCAUCCAAAACAUCCGUUUGCGCUCGUAGUCAAUGUGCCUCUAGUCACUAUGACACCUGAGAACGGAUCGACUGAGAUUUGGCUUGGGACACAUAUGGAUAGCGGCCUACAUGUUCAAGAAGGCAUGCAUGGAGACCGAGCUAGCGGGAGAAUCAAACCCCGAUUGUUAGAAAAACAACGCCUUGUUCGUCCACCCUGUCAACCUGUAGUGCCAAAAGGGUCUGUUGUCAUUCGAGACUUGAGAUUGUGGCACUGCGGCGUUGGCAAUCAAACCGACGAUGUGAGAGUCAUGUUGGCGAUGAUUCAUUUUGCUCCCUGGUAUCGCAAUCCAAUGAGACUGGAGCUAUCGGAUGACUUGAAAGAACUUAUUGAGGCCGAAGAUUCUCUUAUUAUCCCUGUGGAUUGGGUGACAGAGAAACAAGCAUUGGAACGGUACCUGAAUCGGGGAUUUGGCAAUUCUUACGACUUUGGGCAAAGUUGGUAA